AUGUCUGAAACGAUGCAGGAUUCCAGCGAUGCCGCCUUUCGUAUUCGCCUAAACAAUAUCGACCAUUACCAGAUCGAACCAACGUCCUUUGACCCUCCUUUCCCUCCACCGAAAGGUUCAAAAUACCCACCAAAGAUCCCUAUCAUCCGAAUAUUUGGGCGUACAGAGACAGGGCAGAAAGUCUGUGCACAUGUUCAUGGAGCGUUCCCAUACAUAUACAUAGAAUACCCAACAGAAGAGAUCGGGCUGGAUCCCGUCAAUAGGGAUCGAUGGUUACGAGCUCUCCGUAAGAGCCUCGACAAGGCUCUUGGUGCCCGCAAGGGCGACGAAUUCCAGAAUAAACCGAUCCCAAAACCAUACGUUGCUAAUAUAUCCCUUGUCAAAGGAACUCCCUUCUACGGUUUCUAUGUAGGAUGGAGAUACUACGCUAAGAUUUACUUACUUAACCCUCGGGACAUGACCAGACUUUCCCAGAUUCUCCUCAGCGGGGCCAUACUUCAAAAGGUAUUUCAGCCGUAUGAAGCUCACAUACAAUACCUGCUACAAUUUAUGAUCGACUUCAACCUCUAUGGAUGUGGUUUUGUCGAUUGCAAAAACGUUAGAUUCAGGCGUGGUGUUCCGGAUUUCGAUAAGAUUGAGGAGGGACACCGGUGGCAUACUGAAUCGAUCCCAGCGCACUGGAUGUUACCAGAGCAUGAGUUCCCUAGACAAUCUUACUGCUCGUUGGAGGUGGAUAUACAUGUCCAAGACAUCAUGAACCGGAAACUUGUUUCCCCCCGCAUGCUCCACCAUGAUUUCGUUGAGCGCACGAAUCCUAUCCCACAAGAUCUUAAGCUCCUCCACAGUCUUGCAGAGUUGUGGAAAGACGAAAAUAGUCGAAGAAACUCCGGGGACCAACUAAAUAUGGAAGGAUUCGUAGCAUCAACUGGUAAGAGGGAGAUAAAUGAACCCUGGGGGGAUGAAGAUGAAAAAUGGGAGAAGGUAAAUGCAAUAAUCGAAGCGGAAAGACAGAGAGGAGAUGGCUGGGCACCGAGCUUUGAAGAUUUUAUACCGCGUGAAGAGCCUGACCCUUUUGUACAAACCGCUUUGCAAAGUGUGGAAGACUUUUUCGUCUUUCAGGACAUGGAACGUAAAGAUUUACACCCGGAUGAGGAUGAAGACUCAAGAGCGGAUGUUGAUGUUGACCUUAUUGGAGAUAUAAAUAACGUCGAAUUUUCUGAUAGCGAUGAUGAUAUGGAAUUGGUCGAUGCUGAUGAAGAGAUGUUUGACAAAAAUGAGGAAGAAGAGGAGGAAGAGAGGGGGAAGUUAGAGGGACAAAAAGAAGAGGAACAAAGGAAAGGAAAAGAUAAAGUAAAUGAGCUUGAGAACGAUUCGUCGUCGCAGUCGGAUGAGUAUUCAGACCUCGAAGAAAGCAUAACAAGACGAAUCUUAUGGCCAAAUGGUAGUGAUUCUCACACCCCAUCACAAGAAGAUCACGGUAGCAUUUCGUCCCAGACCGAUUAUUUAGGAGACCCAAUACUCCUUCAACUACAAAUUACAGAUGAAUUUCGCCAAUUAGAAGACGGUUCAAUGAUAAUGCUAACGCCAGGCUCGCACCCUGUACCACCGAAGCGAAAACAUCACCCAGAUACUCCGGUCUCAGAGAAGAGGGCAUCCAAAUUAAGCAAAAUUGAAGAAAUAGGAAAACCCAUUAGCAUAUCACCUGGUAGCCAAUCAUCAUCACAGUUAUCGAUAAACUCAGCGUUGAGUAAGGUCGAGGCCACAGGAAUUAUAGAGAAUUUAUGUAUGAACGAUGUACCAAACCGCUCGCCAUUACAACUGCCUUUGGAUUCUUCAAUGACAAGGGUUAUAACCCUUCCGCUUUCACAAGAAAGACCUUCUCAGAGCAGCAUAAACUUUCGGGGCUUGACCGCAAAUAGUGCAGAGCUCGUCCCUGCAAAUGAAAUUGUUUCCCCCCAAGCACCAAGUAUCAUCUCGAGUACAGCAGUUUCUAUCACAACGAAUGGUGAAAAAAAAAUGCCCAAAAACAUCAUGCUUCCGAACCCAGAGGGUAAUUGGCAUGUCCGCAAUUUCCGUCCUCCCCGUACAUCUGAGCUCGUUCCUAUCGAGGAUUUUGGGAUGCCUCAGGUCGAGUAUCAGGAACCAUACUUUUCAGACGAAAAGGAUAUACCAGAAGUUGGCUUUGAUUACGGCGGGGUCACACAUAAAUUUAACAGUAGAAAGACUUCAAAUGUGCCUAGGUAUAAUACAACGGAACAUAAUAAUUCAAGAUUACUCAAUGAGGCAUUCGAUCAAAUUUCUCCUAAUUUCCGAUGCUGGGAGAUUUCUGCCCGUCCCCCAACAAGAUUGGAAGCUAUAAAGUGGCUAGAAGAGAAAAAGAGACUUAAUGGUUUAUCCUUCGUUCGGCAAGAACGCUCUGAAGAGCCGGGGCAUUAUUCUCAGGUCAAUAACUUCAUAUCUGUCUCCAGGAAUAGUUCUAACUUGGUUGUGCAGAUCGAGGGUCCAACCCAAACGAACAAGCAUGGGUUCAAAUUUUCUCAGAACAAGAAAUCCAAAAAUAUAAAUAAUGAAUCGCAACCUCUGAGCAUCAUGAGUCUAGAGGUCCAUGUCAAUACACGAGGAAAUCUUGUACCAGAUCCAGAAAAGGAUCCAAUAGUUAAUAUCUUCUGGUGCUUACAGUCCCAUGAUGGCUUUGAGAGUAAUGGUAUCAAAGAUGGAUACUACGUGGGAAUUCUAGCCAUGGACGAGAAUGAUAAAGAAAAGACAAAAAAGGCAUUUCGGCGUCACUCUCAUGUAGAAAUCAAAGUCGAGUAUACAGAACUCGAUAUUGUAAUUGAGCUCGUGGAUCUUGUACGCGCCUUGGACCCAGAUAUUCUCACCGGCUACGAAGUUCAUUCUAGUUCAUGGGGAUACCUGAUUGAACGUGCUCAAAAGGUUUGGGGCAUGGACCUUUGCGAUGAUCUAUCGAGAGUGCGACAAUUGAGCCACGGCAGGUUUGGUCAAGAAUUAGAUCCCUGGGGAUUUAACACUGGCGCAGCGAUAAAAAUUCCUGGGAGACAUUUGAUUAACAUAUGGCGAGCUAUGCGUGGGGAACUAAACCUUCUAGGGUAUACGAUGGAAAAUGUCGUUUUCCACCUGCUGCAUAAACGAAUUCCCCAUUACGGAUACGAUACCUUGACCAAGUGGUAUCAAAAUGGCGGUCCAGGAUCUUUGGCUACAGUUUUAGACUAUUAUAUACAAAGAGUGCAAUUGAAUCUAGAGAUUAUAGACCAACAGGAACUUGUUUCACGUACUAGCGAGCAGGCACGAAUAUUAGGUGUCGAUUUUAACUCAGUUUUUUCCCGCGGUUCCCAGUUUAAAGUCGAGUCUUUGAUGUUUAGAAUUGCAAAGCCUGAAAACCUCAUGCUGGUUUCGCCAAGUAAACGUCAAGUUGGGAGCCAGAACGCUCUUGAGUGCCUGCCACUUGUGAUGGAGCCAAGCUCGAACUUUUACACAAGCCCAGUUGUUGUCCUAGACUUUCAGUCUUUGUAUCCGUCAAUCAUGAUUGCGUAUAACCACUGCUAUUCCACAUUUGUUGGAAGGGUUGAUUCAUGGAACGGGCAAGACAAAAUGGGCUUUCAAGUUUACAAACGGACCCCAAGACUUUUAGAGCUAUGCAAAGACCACAUCAACAUUUCUCCAAAUGGCAUGAUGUUCAUCAAACCAAACAUUCGAAAGUCCUUACUCGCAAAGAUGUUGGCCGAGAUCCUGGACACAAGAGUCAUGGUCAAAAACGGAAUGAAGCAGUAUAAAGACGACAAACAGUUAUAUAAACUGUUAAACAAUCGACAAUUGGCCCUGAAGCUCAUUGCCAACGUAACCUAUGGUUAUACAUCUGCUUCAUUUUCAGGUCGCAUGCCAUGUGCCGAAAUCGCAGAUAGCAUCGUACAGAGUGGAAGAGAAACGUUGGAGAAAGCUAUAGAUAUGAUUAAUAAUAACAUGACAUGGGGCGCUGAGGUAGUCUACGGCGAUACUGAUAGUUUAUUCAUACACCUCAAGGGAAAAACAAAGGCACAGGCUUUCGAUAUUGGUGAGGAGAUAGCAGCUAAAGUUACAGCCAUGAACCCAGAGCCGAUUAAACUCAAGUUUGAAAAGGUCUAUCACCCUUGUGUGCUUCUGGCGAAGAAACGUUACGUUGGAUUCAAGUACGAACAUCGGGACCAGCAAGAACCAGAAUUCGACGCAAAGGGUAUAGAGACUGUAAGGCGAGAUGGCAACCCAGCAGUGCAAAAAAUGGUGGAGAAGUCUUUGAAGAUUCUGUUCCGCUCCUCUGAUCUGUCGCAGGUCAAGUCCUAUGUGACCCGCCAAUGGGCAAAGAUCAUGAAGGGGGAUAUAUCCGUCCAAGACUUUACGAUUGCAAAGGAAGUAAAGCUGGGUAAUUAUGCCCAGGGCAUUGCUCCCCCGCCUGCCGUCAGGCUUGCAUUAGAAAGGAUGGCCAAAGAUCCUCGGAACCAACCACAAUAUGGGGAACGAUAUCCAUUUGUAGUUGUUGCAGGUGGUCCGAAUGCUAGGCUCAUUGACAAGUCUGUUGAAGUAGAAGUACUACUACACAACAGUGACAUCCUGUGUUUGGACUCAGAGUACUACAUCACCAAGACCCUCAUCCCACCCUUGGCACGCAUUUUCAACCUUGUAGGAGCAGACGUAGCAUCAUGGUACAGGAAGAUGCCAAAAGUGCAACGACUACUAAGAACCCUCAAACCUAAGCACAGAGCCGAACAAAAGUCGGCAAGGACAAUGGAGUCCUUUAUGACAAAAUCUACGCUUGUCUGUGCUGUGUGCGAAGAGAAGGCAGAGACUAGAUACCAUAUAUGUCAGUAUUGUUACAACGAAAGUGACGUCGCUGUGUUUAAAUUACAGGCAAAGCUCACCCGGGCAGAGAAGUGGAAGAAUGACCUUGAGAAGAUAUGCUGGUCCUGCACCGGGCAGCCAUGGGGCUCAGAGAUUGCCUGCAAAUCCCAAGACUGCCCAAUAUACUACUCCAGGGUCCGACAGACAUCCCUUCUCGCGUAUGAACGAGAAGAGAUCGAACCCCAUCUGGCAACCCUCGCGGAUGUGAAUAUGGAGGAUUUAGAAUGGUAG